AUGUCGUCCAGACUACCACCCUUGUUGUCGCCUCUGCCGGCUGAGUUGAUGAAUUUAUGGUCUCUCUCCUCGUCGUCAGUGUCGGCAGCACCAGCAGCACCAGCAGCGGAGGAGAUCUUUAGCGAUCGCGGCACCAAAUGCAAAUGCAAAUACAACUGCAACUGCAACUACAGCUACAUCCACGCCGGCACCAACCCACCCUGGCUUGUUGCGCCGUUCCUGCUUCAAGGUCUGUUCCCUGUUGCCGACUGGCUCCUCGCAGCCGCCGCUAACCGUUCACCCUCCCCGGUCCCCGCCGCCCCCCGUCCUCCGCUACCAGCUUCGGUCCUCCAAGCCCUGCAAGUCGUCAAGGAUGACCGUGCCCUUCUGCAAACCGAAUUGGACUAUCUAGCCUGGAGGCUUCGGCAGCUCGAUUCACUCCCAUCUCAGAGGAACACAGCAGCCGACGGUGCUGACGCAGCGAUCGUCCUGGCAUCUCACGAAGCGAAUGCGCCCGACGGACGCGAAGAACAAGAUGACCCCUUGCGCUACGUGAAGCUUUGGGCAGAGGCAAUAACGCGCAACCAGCGAUGCACCGCCGAGUUAGCAAGACUAACCGACCGCCUCAAACAAGACGUAGAGGCAUCGCGUGAAUACCGAGCGUGGAUGGGCAGCCACAAACUGCCCGAAGGUUCCGGUUCCGGUUCCGAUGCCGACAGCACCGCCAUCGACCGGUCAGCAACCGACCUCCUACAAAAGCUCCAACUCGAACAAGAGACCACAACCAGCCAGCUCCAAGCCGCCAUAGCCAUCGCCGAGCAGGCCAACGCUGAACUACAAACCAGGCGACAGGACCUGAGUCGAGCGAGAACCGACACUAUCGACAGGCAGCGUAAGGUGCAGACAAGCAUACACGAGAUGGACGUCUACAUCGGUAUGAUGGGCAUGGGACCGGCCGCGUGGUCGGAACUGACAGAUUCCAUCCCGUCGCUACAACGUAUUGCGCGAGAUGGUCAGACCACUGUGGCAGGCCGCGCUCCCGGGGAAGGACCAGAAGCAGCAGCAGUGCCAGCCUUGGAGCCGCACGCCUCGUCGUCAAAUCCACCACUGAAGCGCUCACGUGUCCCGAAUUCGCGAGAGAGCCCAGACGAGGAUGAUAGCCCCCCUGUGAAGCGACCGAGGAUGUUCCGCCAGGGCACCGAUCCCAUUAUGAAAACACCCACUGACAACGACAGCCCACCCCCACCCAUUAGCAUCCCAUCCAUUCCAGGCAACGAUAAGAUCCCACCAAUUGGCAACGACGAGUCAUCAUCCGGACCGGUCGGAUUAGGGAUAUAUCCAGACGGGCGAUACUUGUUAACUUGA